CCGUGACUUGAUAUUGUAAAUUGCGUUGGAGCAAUCGUCCGACUUGGAUAAGGACGUUGCCAGUCAAGUAUUCAGGGUGUAAAAGAGGAAGACUUUUUUUUUCUUAAUACGCCAUGCUUGUAUUUGUUUCAUAUAUUAUUGAGCAGGUCGGCGUAAUUCGAUUGUGUCCUGUCACUAUCGGUCGCUGAAGUGUACAAGUCUUGCAAGUGUUUAGGCUGUGUUUAUAUUAUUUUCUUGGUCUACCUGUUAAUACAACAAAAUGAGUGUGGAUAUAUCACAGAAUGGCAUGUUUUCUCGUGCCGACUAUGGCAUCAGUAAUUUUCAACCAGAUUGGUUAAACGCAGAGCAUAGUACUGGUACUUCAAUCAUGGCAGUGGAGUUCGAAGGUGGAGUAAUUGUUGGUGCAGACUCUCGGACAACAACUGGAGCAUACAUUGCAAAUAGAGUGUCUGACAAAUUAACUAGAGUUACCGACUACAUAUAUUGCUGCCGGUCUGGCAGUGCUGCUGACACUCAAGCUAUAGCUGAAAUUGUUAAUUAUCAUUUGGCAUUCCACAGAGUGGAACUUGGGGAAGAACCUUUGGUUGAAACUGCUGCCAACGUUUUUCGUGAGUUGUGUUAUAACUACAGAGAUACUCUCACUGCCGGCAUUAUUAUUGGUGGAUGGGACAAAAGAAAAGGAGGACAGGUUUAUUGCAUUCCCAUUGGGGGUAUGUUAGUUCGCCAGCCUGUUGCCAUUGGUGGUUCAGGAAGUACAUAUGUUUAUGGUUACGUGGAUGCCAAUUACAAAACUAAAAUGAACAAAGAUGAAGCCGUAAAAUUUGUCACUAAUACUCUUGCCCUAGCAAUGGCUCGAGAUGGAUCCAGUGGUGGUGUCAUAAAAUUGGGAGUCAUCACUGAAGGCGGUGUUGAGAACUUCACAGUGUUAGGUGAUGAAAUCUCCAAAUUCUAUGAAGGUUAAUUAUAAAACUGUGCAACUGAUUUUUAUUUUCUUUUUAACAGAAAUUUAGUGUGUCAAUUCCAUUUUGUUUGCUUGAUUGUGAUUAAUAUUUGUAAAUGGCAGUGUUGGUAUAAUGUCAAUAAAAUAUUUCUACCAUCCUGAAAUGAAAUGUGGUUUAAAAUCCCUAACUUUUGUUUUGUUUUUGUUUUUGUCUUGGAGAGGCAUGUAAACAUGGCAAGAGAUUAUUUUGCUGUAGCUGCUGUGAUGUUGCUACUCAUACCAUUAUAGUGUUGGUAAUGACCUUUCAUAGUAGUCAAUCAGGAAUACUUACGAGUGUGCUUAGAUUUGUCAAUAAAAAAAUUAUAAAUAAUAAAACAAGAUUUUCAGUUAGUAAUUCUCCAAAUGUUUGUUGAGAGUCAUAUUUCUGGGGUGUUUUGAAAAUGUAAUUUUAAAUAAAAAGGUGCACAUAAAUUUGUUAAACUGUAAUGAAAUAAAAAAGUUGACAAUUUUUCAAUUUAAUGAAAAAAAGUUACAAAAGUAAUGGUGUUUUUAUUGAAAAGAAAUGAAUCUAAAUAAUGUAAUAUGUUAUUUAUUUGUAAAUAAUUUGAAUAUUUCCCCCCACAACAAGUUGUAAUUUAACAAACUUAGUUCAUUUGAAACAUUUUGUGUAGUUUGAAGAUCUAUAUUUGCAGAAAUUGGCUUACAAUGUAUUUCCCUUUAUUCAUGUCAUGUUUAAAAUACUUACAUUUAUAUUUUGUCAGAAAGUUUUCCAAAGUAAAUUGUAUGUAAUUGUGUGAAAAUAUUUUAAAAACAGAUCUGAACAUUAUGUUUAAAUGAAAAUAA